AUGUCCCCCAAGCUUGGCCAAAGCUUGGAUCUACUAGGGGUGUCGGAAUACGAACCACACCCAUGCUGGGGUGUCCCCAUUUCCCUCCCCACCAGCCAUCUGCCCCUUCUUCUGCACAGAACUGUUUUCUGCCUUCUUUGGAGGAACGAAUGGUCUGAAAUACUGAACUGGAAAAAGUGCUCCAGGCACACAUUUGACUCCCCGGGUCCCCAUGGCAGUUAUUUAUUGAGGGAGGAAGAUGAGCCAGACUAUGCAUUUGUUAUGUCAUUAGUUCUCCCCACAACCCCCAGGGAUGGAGGGAGAGUGGAACUUCAUCUCACAGAGGAGAUUAAAAAUGCUCAGUGGCUGUUCAAGGUCACACCCCUGCUAAGUGACAGAUCUGAAUCACUGGGCUCCUCACUGGAGCCCUCUCUCUUCUGCCAGAGAUGCUGA